AUGAUUAUAGAUCCAGACACAAGGCCACGGUAUGACUCUCCCGCCGAGGAGGAUCAGCCAGUUCAUGUUACAACAUCUUUCAAGCUAGAAUUAAAAGAUCUCGUUAGAAACUCACUCCCCACUCUAGUGACGUUCCUGUUGCAAAGCUCCCUUUUAUUGGUAAUCCCCAUCUAUUUCGCAGGAAAGCAGGGGAAGGAUGUGUUGUCCGCAUCAUCCAUGGCAAUCAACUUGUUCUACAUUAGUGGGCCAGCGCUCGUUUUUGGAUUUUGUACCGCAGAGGAUACACUGUGCUCUACUGCGUUUGGAGCAAAAAGCUAUACCAAAGUCGGUCUCUAUUACCAGAGAAGCAUCCUGAUUUUGCAUAUAAUGUUUAUCCCCAUCGCGUUGCUGUGGAUGACCUCUGGCCCUCUGCUCCGCGUAUUUUCGCCAGAGCUUGCAGAUAUGUGCAUUCCUAUCUUGCGGCUCAUGGUGCUUGCAAUUCCCGCUCUCAUUGUGUUUGAGUGCUCCAAGCGGUACUUGCUAUCCCAGAACAAGUUCAGGGCGCCAACAUUAGUGCUGGCUGGAGCAAUCCCUUUUAGUCUGAUCUUCAAUAUGGCUUUUGAGAGAUUCUACUUGGGACCAGCAUUAUCCUUGGUGCUGACUUACUGGGCUGUUUCUGUGCUGGUGGUCACAUACAUAUACUUUGACGACCGCCAAUGCUGGAACAGCGAUUUGCGUCUAUCGGUUUUGCUGCAGGAUUGGGGUCAGUUCUCUAUUGGCCUUUCAGGAAUCAUCAUGGUUUGUGCUGAAAGUUUUUCCUUCAGAGUCAUCACGCUACUCUCUGCAAAAUUUGGCAGUGUCGAACUGGCCUCGCAGACCGUGGUCACCACCGUCUCGAUCUUUCUCUUCCAGUUCCCGUUUUCCGUUGGCAUUUGCUCCUCCGUUAGGCUCGCUAAUUACAUUGGAGCUCGUUCUCACAACUGCAUUACAGUGGUGAGAGCCGCCACAGUAGCAACAGCUGCCAUCGGACUAAUAAAUUUCAGCAUCAUGUUCUUCUUCCGCGGAUGGCUGCCGCAUAUUUUCACUGACGACGAGGAAGUCAUUGAAUUUACUUCCAAGCUGCUCCGUGGUGUGGCCUUGAACGAGUUCGGCGACGCCGUCAAUGCGAUUUUUUCAUCUCUUUUGAGAGGCCAGGGACGCCAAAACAUAGGCUCGGUAUUGAACCUCACGGCCUAUUACGUGAUUGCCAUUCCUCUGGAGUUAUUGCUGGGCUUCUACUUUGGCUUGGAAGUUGCUGGUUUGUGGGCAGGUCUUCUGCUUGGAGAGCUUUUCUUGUCUGCAGUGGAGAUUUAUUUGGUUUGGUCUACAAAUUGGGACAAGCUAAUGGAAAAAAACAAGAGUAUAGUUACUUAA